UGGACAGAGAGGGGAGAAGAAGAAGGAGAGGGAGACUUAGGGGGAAAAGGAGGAGAAAACCCAAAUCCCUGAAAGGAGAGGCGUCACCUCUCGUACUCGACACUCCCUCCGGAUCGACAAUUUAUUCCUAGACCUAAAUUUUACACCUUAAUCGUGCGGAAGUUGAAAUCGUCUCAAUGAGUUUGUCCUCUGCUGAUGGUGCUGCGAGAGGCGGACUGCGCCACUGACGGGGGGAGGUGUCCUUGAGCCCCGCCCCCUUCCUCCCUAGCCGCUGAUUGGCAUUCCGACGCACAUCAAUCAUUCGCUGUUAUGGUAACGACGGCAAUCUGCGGCAGCGGAGUCCGACUAACUAACCACGCCGUCCGGAUAGCGGAGUAAAGGAGCGGGCCGGAGGGAGGUGAUGAUGGCCGCGGUACCUACGGCGUAAAACAAUAAUAAUAAAAAAACAAAACAAAACAAAAAUUACGAAAAGAAAUGGGCUCUACGACGUCGCAGCAGCGAUGGCUAGAUCAACAAACAGAGCCGCUAGGGACGGAGGUGCACGGGUGGCUGCGCCGACGGACCGGGGAGAAGCGCAAGAGCUGGCGGACGCCCGGGAGCUGUCUGUGGAGGAGGUGCUGAAGUCCCACGAGCAGCCCAUCAACGAGGAGCAGGCUUGGGCGGUGUGCUACCAGUGCUGCAGCGGGUUGAGGUCGCCGCGGAGCACCUGCGGAGUGUACCGGGUGCGGGACCCGUCCUCCAUCCUCAUCCGCAGGGACGGGACCGUGUCGUUACAGCGGGAGUCCUGCGGCGGCGACGGUGAAGAUGACACAGACAGACCUUCCUUUCCACCCAUUACAGAACGUCAGCUGGUCCAGUCACUGGGUGUGGCCAUCUACCGGGCACUCGACUGGGGACUGGACGACUGCGAGGAACGGGAGUUGAGCCCACAACUUGAGCACCUCAUUGAACGCAUGGUUGGGGGGGGCCAUGAUCUUGAGGUCAACACGGCAGGUGGUAACGCAACAACGGAUGAGGGGUACAGUGGACAGGAGGAAGAGGAGGAGGAGGAAGAGGAGGAAGGAGUUACAAGGCCAGUGUGCACAUAUCGGCAGGUGAUGGCGGUGUGUGCAUCACGGCUGGCCAAUCCGGCCCUGGCCCCAGAACACUACCAGGCCGUGUGUAGAGCUCUGUUUGUGGAGACGCUGGAGCUGCAGACCUUUCUCAUCAAGAUCAGAGAUGCAAAGGAGAUGCUGAAGAAGAUGAGAACAGAUGAAAGUCAUGAAGACAGGUCCACAUUGGAGCUUGAUGCCUUAAAACACACAGAUUGGGCGCGUCUGUGGGUACAGCUGAUGAAGGAGUUGAGACAGGGAGUGAAGCUUAAGAAGGUUGAAGAGCAGCCAUUCAACCCCCUGCCCACUGAAUACAGUCUCACCCCAUUUGAGAUGCUCAUGCAGGACAUACGGGCUCGCAGGUUCCAACUGCGCAAAGUUAUGGUGAAUGGUGACAUCCCUACUAGAGUGAAGAGAAAUGCCCACGAACUGAUAUUGGACUUCAUAAGAUCUCGACCUCCACUCAAACCGGUUUCAGAACGCAGCCUUCCCCCUCCUCCUCAGCAGCAGCAAUCCCUCCAUGAUCGUGUCCUGGCUGAAAUCAAGCAGGAGAGAAAGCUGAGACCCGUGGUCCUGCCUACAUCCAGAGCAUUCGGCUCCCUGCCCUGCCUCGCUCAGACUUGCCCUUGUGAUGUCAAAUCCACAUCAUGCAUUGACCUGUCUGUCUCAGAGUCUGGGCCCCGCCCACCUUCCCGCCCUCGCAUCCUUCUCAAGGCCCCAACACUCGCUGAGAUGGAAGAGAUGAACAUAUUUGAGGAGGAGGAGUCCCCAGAUGGCGGGGAGCUGCAAAGGGCCCAAAGCUCCCCCACGCCACUGAAAAGAGACCGCUCCUUCUCAGAGCACGACCUCGCCGAGCUCCGCGAUGGGAUGCUACCGUCUCUCUCUGGAUUGGGCCACCUGGAAGGGGUUGUCCAGUUUCGGGGAGAGAGGCCUCGGUCACGGACACUGACAGGGACAGGGCCGCCUCCCACACACAGAGCUUCUUACCCAGUACAAGGCUGGGUGCCCCCCUCUCCAGCACGCCUGUCACUGAGCUCAGUCGAUGAAACCACAGAAUCGGCGUUCAGCUUCAAAGCUAGCAACAAGCAACAGUGGAUGGAGGAGUUUAGCCACCCUGUGGAGAGUCUUGCCUUAACAGUGGAGGAGGUCAUCAACGUUCGUCGUGUGUUGGUCAAAGCAGAAAUGGAGAAGUUCCUUCAGAGCAAAGAGCUCUACAGCAACCUAAAGAGAGGCAAAGUAUGUUGCUGCUGCCGAGUCAAGUUCCCUCUCUUUUCCUGGCCAUCCACCUGCUUAUUCUGUAAAAGGUCUGUGUGUGGUUCCUGCAGUGCCAAGAUGAAGAUACCGUCUAAGAAGAUGGCCCAUAUCCCUGUGUACACUGUGGGCUUCCACAGCGGUCCAAAAAGCCAUGGGCACAAAAGUCAAGUCUACAAGUCCCUCCGCAGUCUGUCGCGGCGCUCUGUGGAGGAGGAGUUCCCACACCUGUAUGCACACGGUUGCACUCUACGGGACAUCUGCGCCGACUGCACCAAAUUUGUCGCUGAUGUAAUUUCCUCCAGCCGCCGGAGCCUGGACAUCCUCAACAACACGCCCAAGAGGGAAAGCAAAGCUGCUGUCAUGGCCGCCACGGCUCAGGGCCCACAGGCGAAGCCGCCAUCCCACUCCCAGUCUUGCAUUUCUCCACCUGGUCUCCACUCUGACCUUUCGCCUUGCCCACACUCGCGACAUCAUAUCCAGCCUCCAACAUAACUCCAGUCUCAUUGUACGUCAUCGGUUUCACCGCAACUACCCACCCUGAAGAGGCAGGAUGACUGAAUAAGUACAUUGACUGUUAAUAAAGCCCUCUGUUCUUUUCCCAUUCUUUUUCCUCUCUCUCUCAACCUGUGUUUGCUUUUUUUGGGUGUAGGUAUAGCUGCUUUUAAUCCCCUCCCUCCUGCCAAUUCCAAGCCUGCAAGUACCUCAUUAUCUAGCCUAGCUCACCCAACUGAAGUGCUCGGUAAAGGCUAUCGCCACACACACACACACACACACACACACACACACACACACACACACACACAAACCACCACCACCAGUCUCCGUCUGUCAAAGUUUGAUGUGGAAAAGCUUCAUGGCAGUGGGUGGGGGUGAGUGAGGUGGGGGGUGACCUAGCGUCUGCCUUAUCACACUAUGACUUCACCCCUCCAGUGUUCACAACACAACUGGUUAAAGAGAGGAGUGAGGGAGAAGGGGACGAAAGCAAACAGGAGGCGGCGGCGUUGGCUGAGGAAGGAGGAGGUUGCAUAUGACAGAGGAGGUGGAGGAUCACUGGGGUUUUUUUUGUGUGUUUUUGUUUUUUGUUUGCACUAAGUAGAUAGACUUCAGAUGGAAUCUCAGCAUUUUUGCUGUCUGUGACUUUCUUUUUCUUUUGGGUCGAAUGUAUAAUUUUCUCAUAAGGGCGCCAAAAUCAAAAACACAAAAUGUAUGCUUACUGGAACUGGCAGAUGGUAGUAAUAAAAUUUAUUUUAAAUUACUGGGGAAAGAUAUGGCAGGGCUGCUACAGAACAAGGUCUAUUUUACAUUGUGGAUGUGCUUGAAAAUUCAGACAUGCAGCUGGACGAGUUAGGAUGAUGGUGACACUGUGAAUGUAACAGAUGAAGCUGACAACGAUGAACUUGAGCAGGUUGAAUUCCCUCUUCUCUCACUCCCUCCCCAUGGACGGUUUGCUGGGUUUUUGCAAACACUGCGUAAAUCUCAACUGCAAUAAAAUCUUACUGACAA